AAUUGGAGCGAUGACCACGAGAGACGAACGAAAAUCGGAGAGAGCUUUGGGGACGACGGAGAGAGAGAACGACACAGCGAUCAGUUUUUGGACGAAUGUUGACGAGAGCGGUCAUAAAGCACCAAGCAUCUGAAACACGAGACAGCAGUAAAAAAAAGAGAUAAUAAAAAAAAGGAAAAUGAAAAAAACGAAUGUUGAAAUUGGCGAAGACAGUUGCGGAUAUCACGACAAUGGCGCAAACCACGCUCCCAGAUCGAAGCCCAAUAAAGGAAACAAGUUGCGGAAGGCGCUAAAGUUGGAGAGAAAAAGAAAUAUGCUACUAGUCGCUAAACUCCAGAAGAUGAAGUUUAAGAACAAUCGACUGCAGAGAGCUAUGCCGUUUGAGGAAAGCAUUGACAUGGAACCACGACACUCGACCGCAAUUGACAUAUCGAGCAAUGACAGCUCCACACUAGCUAUUUCAAUGAACUCACUUUCUGCGGUAUCUAUAAACAUUCCGGAAUGUAAACCGCUCGAUAUAAAGGACGAGAUUGAUCGCAAAUCUUUUGAAAAUUGGAAAGAUUUAUUAGAGGCAUCCAUGGAGCUCGCCGGCAUCACAGACGAACACACUAAAAACAACGUCUUUAAGGUAAAGGCCGGACCAUUACUACUGGAAACCUUGGGAGGAACACCAACCCUAGCAUUCCCCGACGUAGCUAUUGCACCAUACUCAAACGCAAUGAAACGGUUGAAAGAUCUGUUUGGAUCCCGGGAAUAUCGUCUAGUACAGCGUCAAAAGUUUAGAUCCUUGACUCAAGGUGCAGAUGAAUCUGACUUAAAAUACGUAAAGCGCGUGAUAGCUUCAGCCAAGCUGUGCGAUUUCGAUGAAGAAAAGUUAACGGAGAACGUGACUGAAGUUCUUCAACUACAUGCACUAAACUCUAAAGUCCGGGAAGCGGGUCGUAAGGUUAUGCGCAAGGGAGGUACUUUAACGGCACUUGUGGAUAAGAUCAGAGGUUACGAGUUGGACAAAACGAACGAAGAAAUCUUCAAGAAGACGCAUCAACCGGAAGCGGAAGCCAUAGUAGCGGCGGUUACACGCGGACGGGUAGAAACUGAUUCCUCCGCACGGCACCCUUCAGGUCUACGUGGAAAAAGUAUUGAAUACCAAGGACGGCCAAAUUGGAGAAAUUUUAGAGAUAACGGAAAUAACUAUGAACGGGUUAGUACAAGGGCGGUAAAUAAGAUUGUGCCUUGUUGGAGAUGCACCAGCCGUUUACACGUGUCGUCUAAAUGCCAUGCUGUGGACAAGGUUUGUCGUAACUGCCAUAAAACGGGCCAUAUCGAACGCGCUUGUCGAAUAACGCCAAUCCCUAACACACUUAAGCGUCGGGUCAGUCGAGAAGACGAGAGAUCGGCAAAAUCUGGCAAAAUUGCCACGUUGGCAAAAGAGGAGGACGGAAAAGAUGACACAAAUAUCGUUGUCGAACAGAUGGCAGUAACUGUAAAUGGUGGUCACCAAACGGAAAUACUUAGUGAAUACAUCGUCGGUCGUAUAGCAAAUUCUACGUCGGUGGUUUUUCUGAUCGAUUCAGGAGCAGAGGUCAACACCGUUAACGAAAGUAUCUUUGAUAAGCUUUAUAAUGAUGAAACUUCCAAGAAACACAUAUAUUGUGUAUCAGAAGGUACCGAUAAACCGCUUCGCGCGUACGCCAGCCCGGGCGAGAUAAACGUUGUAGGAACUUUCGUUACGGAGCUUUUUAUUUCCGAGGAAAGGCCGUGUUUUUUCGAAAAAUUUUAUAUUAUCAAAGGCGGCAAGCCUUUACUUGGAAGGGAUACAGCCCUUCGGUACAGUGUGUUGCAGUUAGGACUCAACGUCGUAGUCGAUCGUGGGGACGAUUACCAAGGUAGUGUUGUUAGAUUUCCAGGCGAAAUUUUAGCAGUAGCGACAAAGAAAGAAUUCCCAAAAUUCAAUGUUCCCCCGGUAAUUUUGUCGUAUGACAUUACCAAGCCACCAUCUCGCAAAAUAUUAACGAACAUUCCAUUGCCAUUUCGAGAGGAGACCGAACGUAGGCUACAGGAUCUUUUAGAUACAGGGAUUAUAGAGCUCGUUACGGAUUCAAUGGAUAGGUCAUUCUGCUCUUCUUUACUAGUCGUCCCAAAAGGUAAAGACGAUAUACGGCUAGUAGUGGAUCUAAGGGGCCCUAAUAAAUGUAUUAUACGCACACCUUUUAGUAUGCCAAAUUUGGAGGAAAUUCUGGCCGACCUUCAUGGUGCCAAAUAUUUUUCUACUAUCGAUCUUACAAGUGCGUUCUUCCAUGUAGAAAUCGCAAAACAAUCGCGGCAUCUUACAAAUUUUUUUGCCGGAAAUGCUACUUACCGGUUCAAACGUCUACCAUUUGGUUUGUGCAACGCCCCUGACAUCUUUCAGGAAAUAUUACAAACAAAAAUAUUGUUGGGCUGUAGUGGACAAAAAUGUUACUUGGAUGAUAUUUUAAUACACGGUAAAACGAAAGAAGAACAUGAUAAAAACCUGAAAGCAGUUCUGGAUCGACUACAAAAUCAUAAUGUACGUAUUAACAACGACAAAUGCGUCUUCGGAAAAAAACAAGUAAAGUUUGUAGGUUUUUUUUAUGUCAGACAAGGGAAUGCGUGUCGAAGACGAAAAACUAAAAGCAGUUAGGAACUUCCGUCGACCGAAGACUGUGCUCGAAGUCAAAAGUUUCUUAGGAUUUAUGAAUUUUUCAGAGCGUUUCAUUUACAUGCGAGCAGACAAGACGAAACAUUUACGCGAGCUAGCAAAGUCGGAAUCAUUUUACUGGACAGAAUCAGAGGAGGAUGAAUUUGUUUACCUUAAGCACGAAGCGUUGAAGUCAAUUUCUAGAUUAGGAUACUUUAGCUACAAAGAUGAGACUGAGCUCUACGUAGACGCUUCUCCGGUAGGUUUAGGAGCGGCCCUGGUGCAAUUCGAUACUGAUAGUAAGCCACGAAUAAUUGCAUGCGCAUCAAAAGCUUUAACUAGAACCGAACAAAAGUAUCCUCAGACACAGAGAGAGGCAUUGGCGAUAGUUUGGGGAGUAGAGCGAUUCUCAUUCUAUUUAACAAGCAAAACGUUUACCAUUCGGUCGGACUCCGAGGCAAAUGAAUUUAUCUUUGGCGAAAGUUGCAGGCAAAGUAAGCGAGCGGUUACGAGGGCAGAAGCUUGGGCGUUGAGACUGCAAGCUUACGACUUUACGGUGAAGCGUAUUCCAAGCCACUUAAAUAUGGCAGAUGCUUUAUCGCGUUUGUUAGCUAAAACAGAGGAAGAUGAACCAUUCGACGAAGAUGACGAAAAACAUGUUCUGUAUACUUUAGGGGGAGGUCUUAUUAGCGUUUCUUGGAGGGACAUCGAGGAGGCGUCAGAAAGGGACUUGGAACUUGACGCAGUAAGAAUAGCAAUUAGAUCUGGAAGUUGGCCUGACAAUAUUCGAAGGUACGAAGCAGAAAGGAAAUCCAUUCGUUCUCUGGGAUCACUGAUCUUCAAGGACGAUAAGGUAAUACCACCAACUGAAUUAAGAUCAGAAAUAAUGCAAAUUGCUCAUAAAGGUCAUAUAGGUAUCUCGGCUGUGAAACGCAUUUUGAGAGAAUAUUUUUGGUGGCUUAACAUGAGUAUGGACGUUGAAAACUUUGUGA